AUGGCCGGUACUGUGCUCGUUCGGAUUAUUUUGGUCGCCCUUUGCGGACUGGUUUUGGGGAGGAAACAGGACUGGUCCUCCGGUGUCGGUGGUAUUUACAGAGCAAGGUGCGCCGCCAGGUGCCUCAGCUUACACAGCGCGCGCAUCGCUCACGCGCCCACCCACUUUCAGAGUAAUGGAUCCCUCGGCUGGUGUCAAGGCCAUAAACAAUGCGCAAAGUGCCUGGAGCCAUGCAAGGAAUCCUGGGAACAGAGGGACGGACCCUGCCGCGAGCUGUGCGAGCGCGUGUUUGCCAAGCGUCACGGCGAGUGUGUGAUGAGCUGCGAGUUCCUCCGCUCCGUAACGCUGCUGAAGCAGGGCGAGUGUCCGGCUCCGGAGCGCGCCAGCGGAUUCGCCGCGGCCUGCGUCGAGGGGUGCGCAGAGGACGCAGAGUGCCCGGGACACAAGAAAUGCUGUGCUAACGGAUGCGGGCACACGUGCCAGCCACCCAGAAAUCUCUACAGAGGCGCUCCUCUGAAGCCUAGGAAGGAGCUGGUGUUUGAAGAAUUACCUUCUGGCGUGUUGGAGGUGCGCUGGUCCUCCAAAUUCAACGUGUCCGCAGAGCCGGUGCUGAACGUACUGCAGAGACGCUGGAAUUACGGCAUCCACCCCAGUGAGGAUGGCGCAACCGAGUGGCAAGUGGUGGCACAGACCUCAGAGGAACGCGUGUGGCUGACUGAUAUUCGCCCAGGACGCUGGUAUCAGUUCAGAGUGGCUGCUGUUAAUGUGCAUGGAACGAGGGGAUACACCACCCCCAGCAGACACUUCAGAACUUCCAAAGAUCCCUCUCCUCCUCCGGCGCCCUCUGACCUACAGGUCACUCACACGACCUCUGGCUCGGACAGGUCGGUAUCGGUGGGUGUGAGCUGGGUGGCUCCGGUGGACCCAGACGUCCCAGUGCACCACUACAGACUGGCCUGGAGCUGGACGCUCACCGGACAAGAGCCCAACAUGCCUCCUAAACUGAGGCGGAGAAAAACCAUCAAUGGGGACACAGACACGGUGGAGCUGGAAGGCUUGAGGGAGAACAGGAACUACACAGUGGAGCUGCAGGCUGUUUCCUACUGGGAGCAGCUCCCUCUAAAGGGCACCAAAGCCAUCCUGCGCUUCUCAACACAUCAAGAAACCGACGCGAAUUCACUGAAGGUGUUGGCGAACAAGAAGGAAUCCAAGCCCACAGCCAGUCCUGUGAUUCAGAAAGGUCAGUCAGACAUGCUGGAUGUAGGCACGCCAUUCUACCAGGACGGGCAGCUCCAGGUUCGAGUUUACUGGAAGAAACGAGAUUUGACUGUGCACCGGUACCGUGUGCUGUGGUUCCCUGAGUUUUGUUCUCAUAACGGAAGCAGGGUCCAAGAGAAGCUCAUUACUCAGGAGAAUUAUGCCACUCUACCUGGACUGCAGUUCUCCUGCAAAUAUAAAGUUAUCAUCCAGGCUGUCGGGUUCAAAAGCCAAGCACAAGCAGAGAGCACCACCUUCUCUACCCCGCCCUGUUCAGCCAUUCAAGGAAAGACCUUCAAACCUAUAAGCUGCACCGGAGAAGCAGUCGCUCCUUCAAAGGUCCAAGCCAGAGCAGAGAACCUAACGGCAGCCUUUUCAAUCCAUGGUAGCAACGUAACGGCUCUGUUCUCAUGGGUGGUGGCUGUAACCCGACCCCCUCAGCAGGUCACAGGUUACCAGGUCACCUGGGCGGACGUUACAGCUGAGAAACGCAAAACCAACCAGGCCAACAAUCUUAUCUCUCAGUCCCAGAUCCUCCCUCCGGAGAGGAACAUCCUGGUGGUAUCUGGUUUGCAGCUGGCAUCUGUCUACAGGCUGGAGGUGGGAGUGAUCACCACCGGAGGUCAGGGACCGACAACAUCCAGAAUUUUCCAGACUCCAGGCCAUGCCAAGCCUGUCUUACACUACAAACCCAAGGUAAAAAAGCACCAUUUGAGGUCAGUCAUGGAACAGCACUAAAGCUCACACUGGAGCAAAUCGUCCACAAACCCCCAAACCCAGCUCCUCAGGAACACAAGAACCGAAGGAACCAAAGACCAUCCAGUGGAGAGGAACAGAACCAAGAGAAACAUCUGGCUAUGUCAGAGCAAUAAGGAAAUUAUGUAAGAAAAUACUAGAAAGAAACGCGAUCCCAGACAUUCUUAACUCCAGUCAGAGUGGGAAAACUGGGACGACGGGAGAAAAAUCAACCAUUGGAAAAGAAAAUUUGAAUAAUGAUGAUAAAUGGAUAUGCAACCAUAACCUGAGUGAGUUUUGCUUCUCUUUUGCUUUUAAAUACACCUCAAUGUUCCCUUUUCGAAUGGCACUUAACCGACAGACUGACUGUUCUCCCGUGUUAAAAAAAGUCAAGAAUAAAAGAAAAAUCAAGUGUCUGCAGGUCCAGUGUUGCAUGCGUGCGGUGAGAAGUUUCGCCUCGACCCAUUAAUAAAGCGGACCCGUGAUGUGGUGUGCCAUUGCAUGUGUACUCCCCCAUGGUUUUAUCAUUUGUGGGCAUGAACCUUUACUAUGUGUCAAAUUCCGACUAUACAAACCAUAAUUCCGAUCCGUACUCGCUAUAUUAUCAAUCCCGUGUGAUUUGGAUGUUGUACAGUUCUGUUGCUAUGCUGUCUUGUAAUUCCUGUAUAUAUUUUACGUCUAUUUAUUUGUGUAUUUGCUACAGUUGUGUAAUAUUGGUGUGUAUAUGUGCUCAUGUGUACUCAGUUGCCAAUUUAAUAGGUACGCUUACCUAGAAUUAGACUGAUUGGACAUUUUAUUAGGAUAAAUAAGAUAGGUUCACUUCGGAGGUGUACAGUUUUUGACAGUUCGCCCCCAUCUACCCUGUUAAUAAAAAAAACACUAUGGAAUUGCAUAUUAUGUGUGUGGUGGACUAUUGUUAGCACAAAAAUCAAGUUCUUUUGGUGGGUAUUUUACUACAUUUGGAAACAUGAUGAUAGAGAAUCACUUUUAGCCACAAGCCUCAGUGAAAUUAGCAUUCAUUUUGGAUUAUUUGGCUUGCUGUCUACAUUCCAAUUCAUCCCUAAAGAGGUUAAGCUAAGGACUUACUAUUAGGAGUUCUACUAGAACCUCUAUUUGUUGGCCCUCACCAAACGGGACAGCAGAGAUUCACUUUUAGCCACAAACCUUAGCAAAAUCAACAUUCAUUUUGGAUUAUUUGGCUGGUCGGCUGUAUUCCAAUUCAUCCCAACAGGUUAAGCUUAGGACUUACUAUUAGGAUUUCCACUAGAACCUCUAUUUGUUGGCCCUCACCAAACAGGACAACAGAGAUCCACUGUUGUCAGGCCACAAGCCUCAGCGAAAUCAGCAUUCAUUUUGGAUUAUUUGGCUUGCUGUCUACAUUCCAAUUCAUCCCUAAAGAGGUUAAGCUAAGGACUUACUAUCAGGAUUUCUGUUAGGAUCUUUAUUUGUUGGCACUCACUAAUUAAACUGUUGCUACAAAGUUGGAGCUUAUUAGAAUGUUAAUGCCAUAAAAUGCAUUUCCAUCCCCCCUAGUCCAACAAUGAAUGGAUUUGUGCUUAACACAAAGCCAUCAUUGUACACAUUAGCACAGAUGUUGAAUUAAGCAUUGUGGGCAACUGCUUUUCUAUAGAAACCAAAUGUCUACAGCUUCAACAAACACUUAUUUAGAUGUUGCUUGAUCCACUUGAUGGUCCUGCUCUGUAAGCUUGUUGUUGGUUCUAGACAUUUUUACUUUACACUAACAGCAAGUUGGCCACUGGUAUUUUUAUUUUGAGCUCUCAUGGCUGUAUGAACGUGGUCCUGUGGUUAAUAGGUUAAACAAAUUGCUUAAAUUUAUUAUACCUACAAACGGUAGGUGUAUCUAGAUUAGCAACUGAGCGCAUGUGUGUGAUUGAAUCAUGUAUUGACCUCCAAGAAGCCUAAAUAUCCUGACAGAGAUUUUGUAUAAAAUAUUUGUACAUUUCCAUUUAAAAGUGAACCUAAAGUGUAAUGUAAAUAUUUUUAUUAUUAAAAAGUCAUCACCCUA